AUGCACCUCUUCGGUCGGCUUUCCCGGAAAUCAUCCAACAAGCAGAUCCAUUCAUCCGUCGAGUCUCUUGGCAGCAUGGUUAACAUCCAAGAAGUUGGCCCUUUCUUUUAUCUGACAUGGGCUCGGUACCCAGAGAAGGAUUCUAAUCCUGACGAUGGACUAAAUCGUAGGGUGUAUGUUCGCCAGAACAUAGACGAAUGGAGUGGCAAGAAAUCAAACAAACGGCAGGUGGAUUUAUUCAUCAUGGCCAUGGAGAAAUUCCAGAAGUUGGAUCCCAAGGAUAAGAUUUCGUAUUUCCAGAUCGCCGGUAUUCAUGGCCAGCCGUUUGUUCGCUGGGAUGACAACAGCCGCGAGCCGAUGGAACACGGCUACUGUUUCCACGCACACAUUUUGUUCCCUAUAUGGCAUCGGCCAUAUGUGCUUCUCUUCGAGCAAGUGGUAUACGAUAUUAUGAUUCGGGAUGUGAUCCCGCAAUUUCCGAAGGAGGAAGAGGCUGGCUGGCGUGAACUCGCCGACUCCUGGCGUCUUCCGUUCUGGGACUGGGCGAAAAAUGGUCGUGUGCCAGAUUUGGCCAAAUACCCUACCAUCACGGUCCCGAACCCCAAGGGAGGAGUGAAGCGAAUCAAUAACCCGUUGUUUCAAUUUCGCAUGCCGACUGACAAGCCCAUGCGAAGUGAAGGCGUGGGUACCGAAAAUACUUGGGCCGAUGACGCAGAACAGGAGGAGUAUAAAAAUUUCGGAAAUGCUAUAGGAACAAGUCGGUGGCCCGACGAGGACGAUCAAAAGCCGACAAGUGAAGGCUGGAGACAUGGUGUGGUCAAUAACCGUAAAGUGGCCGAUGCUUUCAAUUCGCACAUGGGGUAUAAUGACAAGAACCAUGGCGCAUCUGCGGAGAUGGUAUACCGUCUUCUUACGAUCCCAAUGGACUUCACUACUUUUGCUAGUACGAACCCUACGACUAAGGACCAAAAGGUGGAUGAAGAUCUGAACAUCGAAUAUAUACACAACAACAUUCACGGCUGGACUGGAGAUGCCGGCCAUAUGGGGAAUGUGCCUGUCGCCUCUUUUGAUCCAUUAUUCUGGUUGCACCACUGCAACAUUGACCGUAUUUUUGCUCUUUGGCAGGCUCUAAACCCCGAUAAGUUUCUCGACAAAAUUCCUCCUGAUAAUGCCAAGAUCACAGACUCGCAUGCUCAGGAGCAUGAUGUCAACAAGGACACGCCACUACAACCCUUCCGAAACGAUCCUCAAGGGAGGUAUUGGACUCCUGAUGGCGUUCGGCACACUGUUAAUUUGGGGUAUACAUAUCCUGAGCUCCAGCGAUGGGACUCUAAAUACUCCCAAGAAGAUAAAUCUUUCAAUGAGACUCUCUACGUGGAAGAUCUGACAGCUCAAAUCAACACACUAUAUGGUGUCUCCAGGUCACUGGUCUUGGAUCCAAAAGCGCCCGUUCCAGAGGGCGUAGAGCAGAUUGAUGGCGGUCUUAAAAUCACUGACUUUGGAUUCAGCAUCCGGUUCUUGAAGUAUGCAUUUGGUGGUCAGCCCUUCUGGAUCAAACUAUACCUUGCCCAGGAAGAAGGCAUGCAGACACCUCUCACAGACUUGAUUGCAGAAGUGUAUAACUUCAGUCAAAAACCAGAGUUAGAUGGCUCAACUGUCUGUGGCAAUUGCAAGGGUGGUCAGGCAAUCAAAAUCAAAUCUACUGCGUAUAUUCCCAUCACACCAGUUCUUUAUAAACUGCUGAAGACUGGUCGGAAGUUGAAGACACUCACUCGCGAUGAGGUACUAGCCUUCUUGAGGAAGCGUGCAUACUGGAGAGUGAUAAAGCACGGCAAGGAAUUACCACGCUAUGAUGUUGAAAAGCUCGACUUGGAGAUAAUCGGAAGUACCAACGACACGAAGUUCUUCGAAAACCCUGCUCUACCACCGGGAUUUGAUAAUUUCAAAGAGGAACCCACCAUCAGUGGUGGUGCUGAAGGCGCUCUUGAUCCGGAGCUAAAGCAGCCUGCCAUUCCAAUCCCGCCACCCCGACCCGUGCGACUCAAGGCCAAUCUUCCUCUUCACAGCAGCCUGGUAUUCCAAAAGCAGCUUAAGCCUGACAGCGUCAUUCUCCUGGAAUCCGAUUCUGUCGACCUGGAUAAGCCUGCAGUAGGCGUUGACAUGACCCAGAUUUCUAUCUCGGAUGAUGCCGGAAACACAGUUUUUCAUAUUUCAAUCCGACGGGGCCAAGGUCAGAUCAUAUUUAAUGCUAAGGUCAAGGGCUCUUGGGGAGAAGAAGAACGUAUCAAUUUGGAUCAUCGCUUCCGAGCAAGUGAAGAAGGAGCAACAAUUUUGAUACAUGACCAAGGAGAGGGCUAUGAGGUAUGGAUUGACUGGGUUCACGCUAUUUGGUUUGCCAAGAGAGUGAAAAAUGCCGUUCCCAAGACGAUAUCAUAUAGCCUCGGUGAUGAGAACGGAACUGCCGUACUUGCAGAUGAUAUCGAAGUGCGCACUUAUCCAUCUAUGAGGGCUCUAUUCCUUCAGAAGCAUGAGCACGAGGAAGAAAAGCGCAAUUAA